AUGACUCACUUCGUCGCUGUGAUCGCCUCUUCAACGCUGAUUGCAGGAGAAAACACAGCGUCGAGCACGGCGUUGUUUGCUGUCUUGCCGAGAGCUUCAACUUUUGCCAACAACGUUGCUGGACAAACUGGGCAAUGGUUAAUGUUAGAUCAGUGGGCAGAACACAAAUUUUAUAUUGAUGACAAGAAAACAAACGAUAAACAUGACGAAUCUGAUGAAGUUCAAUUACAAGUUCCAACCACUCCGAAUCAAGAAACUGUCAGUGUAGCUGAUAGACACAUGUUGCAGGGGCGAGAUCCUACAAAAACUAUAAACAUCGCCGUCUCAUCAAGAGCACUGUUUCGUUUAGACGAGGAGCAUAAAACCUUCGUUGACAAAGGUUUGCAUGAAUAUAUCGAAAUGCAAAUGAGCAAAGAGAAUGAAAUUUUAGAGCCUGGAUCUGCUUUUCCUUUUAUCAAGGCUCUGAAGAAUGUCAAUGAUGCUUUGAGAAAAAGAAAUCCUGCAGAGGAAGAGUUAUUUACAGUUACGCUGAUGUCAAAGAAUAGUGCUCAAGUUGGAAUACGGCUCCAGAAAUCAAUUGAAAAUUACUCCGAACUGAAAAUUCAACGUAUGGCACUAACAGGUGGAACAUCUCCAGUUAAUUAUCUAGAAGCUUUCAACAUCACGUUAUUUUUAACAUGUGACGAAAAAGAUGUGAAAGAAGCUCUUAGACAAGGUUUUCCUUCGGCGGUGAUGUCGACUCAAGUCACUAAUACUGCAAGUGAAACUCAGCUUCGUGUCGCAUUUGAUCUUGACGCUGUGUUGUUCUCUGAUGAAUCUGAGAGAAUUUACAAAGAACAUGGCCUCGGUGCAUUUUUGGCGCACGAAAAAAAGAAUAAGGAAAAACCUUUAGAUGAAGGUCCUAUAAAACCUUUCGCUAUGGCUUUGGGAAAGAUGAAGAAGAAGUUUGAACCUUCCGAACAGGACUGUCCAAUCAGAACAUUUCUAGUAACAUCACGUGACACAGAAGUGGGCGAACGUGCUCUAAGGACAUUACGUCACUGGGGAUUAAAUAUUGAUGAGUCAUUCCUCAUGGCAGGUGCACCAAAGGGUGAAAUAUUGAAAGCAAUCACUCCCCACAUAUAUUUUGAUGAUCAGCUAUCUCACAUUAAAAGUGCGAGAGAAAAAGGGACACCAUCAGGUCACGUCCCCAGCACAGAUCAACCAGCAUACGAUAAGGCCGAACAAGAGUCGGUCAAGACCAAUUUGAGUGAAAAAUAUAAUAAGUAA